AGGGGUGGUACAUACCUAACAUUUAGGUUCACGUGGCUGAAUACCUUUCAUUUUUAAAGUUGUGAUGGACUGCAUACCAUCAAUGAUUGAUAGUAAGAGCUCCAUUGGGAACUACACUACCCAGAGACAGUUGGUAUUGGGCAUGCGCAGUGUAACUAUUGUGUCUCGUGGAGACAGGCGGCAGCGAGGCCUGAAAAAACGUAAAUAAAUAAAAAAAACAGUUGCUGGUCCAUCAAGCUUGUAGCGACGAGAGCUGACCACAUCCACUCUCCGGACGGAGAAACACCGUGCUGGUAUGGCAGAACCGGCGGGUCAAGCCUCCACGCAAGUCCGGCUUCAGCAGGGUGCGAGCGGAGGCUCGGCGGUCUCGGGCCCCAACUCAGGCUCCGGAUCCGGUAGCAGCGACCCGGCCCGGCCCGGCCUGAGCCAGCAGCAGUGGGCGAGUCAGAAAAAGGCCCAAGUUCGCGCUUUCCCUCGGGCCAAGAAACUCGAGAAACUCGGAGUAUUUUCGGCUUGUAAGGCUAAUGAUUCUUGUAAGUGUAACGGCUGGAAGAACCCCCAUCCUCCCUCCGCCACCCGGAUGGAGCUCCAGCAGCAGGCGGCCAAUCUGAGCGAAGCGUGCCGCAGCUGUGGCCAUACCCUAGCGGAGCAUGUGUCUCACCUAGAAAAUGUGUCAGAAGAGGAGAUUAACAGGCUCCUAGGAAUGGUGGUGGAUGUAGAGAAUCUCUUCAUGUCUGUGCACAAAGAGGAGGACACAGACACCAAGCAAGUUUACUUCUAUCUGUUUAAGCUGCUGAGGAAGUGCAUUCUGCAGAUGGGGAAGCCGGUAGUAGAGGGCUCACUUGGAAGCCCACCGUUUGAGAAACCUAACAUAGAACAGGGGGUUUUGAACUUUGUGCAAUAUAAGUUCAGUCACUUGGCUCCUAAAGAGAGGCAGACGAUGUAUGAGUUGAGUAAGAUGUUUCUGCUGUGUCUGAACUACUGGAAGCUGGAGACACCAUCUCAGUUUCGCCAGCGGGCCCAGAAAGAGGAUGCCUCAGCAUACAAAGUAGACUAUACCAGGUGGCUUUGCUACUGCCAUGUCCCGCAGAGUAACGACAGUUUGCCUCGCUAUGAGACGUGUCAGGUGUUUGGCCGUAGUCUCCUCAAGUCCAUCUUUACAGUCACUCGCCGGCAGCUGCUGGAGAAGUUCAGAGUGGAGAAAGACAAACUUCCCCCAGAGAAACGGACACUUAUUCUGACUCACUUUCCCAAGUUUCUUUCCAUGCUAGAAGAGGAGAUCUAUGGUGAGAACUCUCCUAUCUGGGAUGCUGACUUCACCAUGCCAGCUUCUGAGGGGGCACAGUUGGGUCCUCAGACAGUGCUGAGUCCUGUGGCGGUGUCCGGUUCUCCUCUGCGUAAAGGUCCAGCAGGCUCUGCUCUGGAUACAGCGACUUCUGAACCCAUCCCAGGAGAGAAGCGGAAGCUGCCGGAGGCAUUGACGCUGGAAGAUGCUAAGCGGAUCAGGGUGAUGGGGGAUAUUCCCAUGGAGCUGGUCAACGAGGUCAUGAUGACUAUAACAGACCCUGCUGCCAUGCUGGGCCCAGAGACGAGUCUCCUUUCGGCUAACGCUGCACGGGACGAAACGGCACGUCUGGAGGAGAGGAGGGGCAUUAUCGAGUUCCAUGUGAUCGGGAACUCAUUGUCUCAGAAGUCCAAUAAGAAGAUCCUGAUGUGGCUGGUCGGACUCCAGAACGUUUUUUCCCAUCAGCUGCCACGCAUGCCUAAAGAGUACAUCACACGCCUGGUUUUUGACCCGAAGCACAAGACGUUGGCUCUGAUAAAAGAUGGCCGUGUGAUCGGCGGCAUCUGCUUCCGAAUGUUCCCCACUCAGGGCUUCACUGAGAUUGUCUUCUGCGCUGUUACUUCAAAUGAGCAAGUCAAGGGCUAUGGUACACACCUGAUGAAUCACCUCAAGGAGUAUCACAUCAAACAUGGCAUUCUUUACUUUCUCACCUAUGCUGAUGAAUAUGCCAUUGGCUACUUCAAGAAGCAGGGCUUCUCCAAAGACAUCAAAGUGCCAAAGAGCCGCUACCUUGGCUACAUUAAGGAUUAUGAAGGUGCCACGCUGAUGGAGUGUGAGCUCAAUCCCAGAAUUCCCUACACAGAGCUGUCACACAUCAUCAAGAAACAGAAAGAGAUCAUUAAGAAGCUGAUUGAGAGGAAACAGAGUCAGAUCAGGAAGGUGUACCCUGGGCUUACCUGUUUUAAGGAGGGAGUCCGACAGAUACCUGUGGAGAGCAUUCCUGGAAUCAGGGAGACUGGUUGGAAGCCCAGCGCCAAAGAGAAAAAUAAAGAGCUGAAAGACCCUGACCUGCUGUACAACAUACUGAAGAAUCUUCUGGCCCAGAUUAAAACCCACCCUGACGCUUGGCCUUUCAUGGAACCAGUAAAGAAGUCUGAAGCUCCAGAUUACUAUGAGAUCAUCCGAUUUCCCAUUGACCUGAAGACCAUGACGGAGCGGCUGAAGAACCGCUACUAUGUGACUAAGAAGCUCUUCAUUGCUGACCUGCAGAGAGUGAUCACAAACUGCAGGGAGUACAACCCGCCUGACAGCGAGUACUGCAAAUGCGCCAACACGCUGGAGAAAUUCUUCUACUUCAAACUUAAGGAGAGCGGUCUCAUCGACAAGUGAAGGCAAAUGCCUUGAGAGUAAGGGACCAGGAAAGGUGCAACAUUUCUUAAAGGGGCUGGGCACAUGUGGCAGAAACCACCAGAAUUCUCACUCAUAUAGUACUGUAUAAAAGUUAUAGGUCACCUGAGAAAAUUAUAUUUAAAAUUAUUUACCUGGGGACUUUUUGCACACUAACAUUAGACUAAAUACAUGUAAAAAUUUGAAGAAUUUAUUUCUGUCAGUGUGUUGGCAAAACAUUUUGAAAUCCUCUUCUUGAGGCAGCUGAGUAUUUUAUUGUUACUACAAAAUACAAUACAGCCAAUCAGUACGUCCUUAAGUUAUACAUGAUUAAAGGAGAAUUCCAUGGGUUUUUUUUUUAUUCUGCAUAAUUCAAAUGUACACUUAGUCAUUUAGAGUGUUUGGAUGUGAUUUAAUGUGGUGUCCAAAAUGUUCAGGCUAGAGUUUUUAUAUAUAAUGUUAAGAGUAAUAAAGUGGUGAUAAACCCAAAGACAUUCUUUGGGUACUGAUUUCUCCCACGUUGCUCUGCAUAUACCUCUCUAGCCUGCUUGUGUUUUUAACCUAAAUGUAUUUAUAACUUACUCUCAGAACUAUUGUAAAGCAGCAUAUUCCUGACCAUAUAAUAGCUUUCUGUGAUUGUAGCUUUAAGAGGGAUUGAAUUUUUCCAGCAUCUGGUUCCUGUCACCACCGUUGAAGCAUCACACCUUUUAUAUUAAACCACUCUGAGUUUGUUUACAAACUAAUGAUGCACAUACACAGAGGUUUCGGGUAGAAAUGGUAAAAUUCUCCUUUAAAUUAUGUUAACAAUAUAGAGAUAAAUUUGAUUAGUGUUGGUAGUGGAAUUUAAGUCCAUGCAGUGGCUGGAUCUGCACCAAAAAGAAGAGGACCCAAAUCUGUGUUAUCUAACUUUUGAAAUCAAAUCUUUUUUUUUCCUUUCUUCUUUUUGCCGUUUGUUGAUUUGCAUUUAGUCCAAUGUUAGGUUGUGUCUUUACAAUCAAAAACACACUAUACUGCCCAGAUAAAUAGUUUUAAACAGUUUUCUUGGACAACUUCAAACAUUUUCACAUGUACUGUGUAAAUACAUAUAAGAUAUGCAAGAUUAUGAAGAGGGGGAAGAGGAAUGACUCAACAGGGCUGGGGAUAAGAUGAAUGUUUCUGGGUAGAGUGAUGGAUAGUUAAGUGCUUUAAAUUGUGGAGAGAAGCCUUUCAUUAUUCAUUCUUUCUUUCUGUUUCCCUUCUGCUCCCUCUACAUGACGUUGCAAAAGCAUGACUCAUGCAUACAGAGGCUCAUUUCGUAGCAGUGUUCCUUACUCAUUAGUGCUCAGACACUUGGAAUUGGUUACACUAUGAUAGGACAGUUUCUAGAGAGCCAGCUCUGCAUGUGUCAUACACACUGUAUGAUGCACAGCUGACUCAGAAUAAGUGGAGUGUUAGGGUGGUUUACUCUUAUUUGCUGUAUUUCAUUCAAACAGAGCUAAAGAUGGAGCACUGAGGUCCUCCAGUGGCAUGAUCCACUGAUCAAAGGUGUUUUGUUUUUUUUUUGUGAAAAAUUGAAUGCACACAGUUGUUUACUUGCUUUUAAGUCAGUCAGCCAAGACAUGUUUGUUUCUUCUAGAGCUAUGAGGCUAAUUUAGCUUACGAGUAAUUGAAGCUUAUGUACAGGAAUUUGCAUUGUGCGUACUUGCCACAAACUGCAUCAACUUAAGUAAUCUCAAAUAGACUUCCUUGUGUAGUUACUGAUGUGGUAUGAUGUGCUGCUGUUUAUUUAAAUGCCAAAUGUUAGCUUAUUAAAAAAAAAUGUUCUCGGUGGAGGAUGUGAGUGGGUAUCAGUAUCAGGCUAAUAACAGCAUUAAAAUGCUGGGUUGUAUGUUAACAAGAUAAAACGAAUGAAUCCAAUCCUGAAACAUCAAACAGCCACAGGCACAUUGUUAGCUGUGUAGUUCUUCCUGUGGGGUAGCAGAGUAUUUAGUUAAAGCAUGAUUUCUACUUUUAAAGGAGUAUAUAUUCUUCUUUUAAAAGUGUUUAACAUCUCAUUUUAGGGCAUAGUAGAUUUUUAAAAAGAUGCAUAUCUGUAUCAGCCUGUACUCAAGGUUUCAGUUGGUAUGGAAAAAAAAACAUGAUAUUGUACUAUCUCUAGUUAACUAUUGAAAAUGGACCGCUGCAUUAGCCUCAUAGAAUACAGUGUAAAACUGAACAAGCAAA